GUCCCAGCCUCGCGCUUCCGCCACCCAGGAACACACCAAUGCAGCACUCGGAGGAGCCAAUCGACGCGGUCGUGGCGGCGCUGCAGGCCGAGAAGCCCGUGAUCAGCGACGCCGUCAAGACGCUCAUUUCUCUCGUCGUGGCGUCGCACGCCACGGCGGCUGACAGGGCGGCGGCGCCAAAGGGAGCUGGAGACCUCGCCAUGGUCACCUCGUGUGGCAGAGCCCUUCUCAAGGCCAUCAACUCCCACGUGCUGCCUCCGCCGCCGCAGUGGGCGCUCGAGCACCCGCAGGCCGAGCAGGAGACCGCGCUGGAGCGCAUAGAAACGAUGACGACGUACCGUGCUUGCCACGCCCUCGCGGCUCGCUGCGCCAAAGCCGGUGCCAAGCCGACGCGCAUGCUCGGGCGUGGCUUUCUGCGCGGCACCCGUUGCUUGGAGACCGUAAGCGACAGCUGCCGCGCGCAGCUGCUGGAGCAGCGCUUUCCGCCGCCCCUCGUCGACACUUUCCUCGACCGGUUCGGCCGCUCCCUCGACGCGGGCAGCGAGGAGGAGGAGGCGCUGGUGUGGGCGGCGGACCUGCCGCGCGCCAUCGAUGAGCGGCGGAGGGAGAGGCAGCGCGAGGUGGAGGAGCGGCGCGAGCGGAUGGAUGCCGGGGAGGGCGAGGCCGUGGCGCUCCGCGAGGCGCUCGCGGCCAUGCGGACAGGCGACGGCGCGGCGGAGGAGAGUCGCAUCGAGGAUGUGACUGAGGAGGGCUAAGGGAGACCAGGCCGGCGAACUAGCCUUGGGGCUCGCUGCAGCCGUAGCGCUGGUCGCGGUGCGCUGAAAUCGCCGGCGAUUCGUGAGACACUCAGUGUCUAUGCUGACGGAGACGAUACGCAGAGACAUCAGACAUGACACGACUGACGACUCACGAGACAGAGAGUUCGGAGAGGGAGACACUGGCUGAGUGGGCCACAGGAGGGGAUGAAGAAAAUACAUACAUGUAUAAAUUUAACGCCGAUACGUGUGC